UGCCAGGGACAUUUGAGAAUGCCCUUAGGAUUCUUUCAUUCAUCUUUCCCCAGGCUGUUUGAUCUGCUUUAAAGUGCUGGCCUCAUUAUCAGACAAGGUGCCGUCUGAGAAGAAAUCUAUUAAACGGUGGACAGUGCGGCAGGGGGCCCCACAAAUGGAGUCUGUACAGAGCAAACAUUACGUUUAUUUUGCAUGAUAUUUGGCCCGUCGCAUGAAGGGGGCAGUCUGCUUGUAGCCAAACUCUCAGCUGUUCUGUAACCACAUCUGCUGAAAUAGUUUGAAUGUUGGCUGGCAAUGUCUGCACUUCAUCAAAAAGAACAUUUAAGGAAGUUCAGUUGCGGAAGUGCUAGAACGGUGCGCUUCACAAGUACAACUCUGAGGAGUAGGUCCCUCCUGGAGAGACAGCGUGCAUGCGUGUGUGCUCACACGGGCAUCUCAGCUCAUCACAAGCUUUCCUCUAGGUGACCUUGGGCUGAUCUUCUCUUGCUUGUUUGGAGAGCAGUUGAUUUACAAUGCAGAUCUGUCCGUCCUCGCCUGCCUAUCCCUGCCCCUCCUAAAUUUGGCUGGGAUAUGAGGCUGUUUGCUUUCUGAUGCCAACAGUGGCAAUGGCAGAGAGCCCUGCCAUGUGAGAGGCAGAGAUAGAGAAGAGGGGGCCAAGGAGGAGCGACCCGUGCAACUGCUAUUGCUUCUGGUAGCUGAGGGGCAUAUCUGCAGAAGAGAAUGUCGAUGCUUAGCCCAAUCCUGCAGCCCCCGGAGGUGAAGGAGUAUCUGUCCAAGGGUGAGCGCUUCAUCAAAUGGGAUGAUGAAACAGCAAGUGCUUCUCCUGUGAUUCUUCGGGUAGAUCCAAAGGGCUUUUACUUAUACUGGACCUACCAGAAUAAGGAAAUGGAAAUUUUGGAUAUAACCAGCAUCCGAGAUACUCGCGUAGGGAGAUUUGCCAAAAUCCCCAAGUGCCAGAAGCUCCGAGAGGUUUUUAACUUGGAUUACCCACACAGCACCUUCCUGCUUAAGACUCUGACUGUUGUGUCUGGCCCUGACAUGGUGGAUCUCACUUUCCAUAACUUUGUGUCCUACAAGGAGAAUGUUGGCAAGAGCUGGGCUGAGGAUAUUAUGGCCAUUGUUCGGAAUCCCCUCACAUACAAUGCUUCUCGAUACACCUUCUUAGAGAAAAUCCUGGUAAAGUUGAAGAUGCAGCUUAAUGCAGAAGGGAAAAUUCCUGUCAGGAAUAUUUUUCAGAUGUUCCCUGCAGAUAGGAAGAGGGUGGAAGCAGCAUUAAGUGCUUGUCAUCUUCCAAAGGGCAAGAAUGAUGCUAUCAACCCAGAGGACUUCCCUGAAACUGUGUAUAAAACUUUCCUUAUGAAUCUGUGUCCCCGGCCUGAGAUCGAUGAGAUAUUUACCUCACACCAUUUAAAAGCUAAGCCCUACAUGACCAAAGAGCACUUGGCAAAGUUUAUCAACAAGAAGCAGCGAGACUCUCGCCUCAAUGACAUCCUUUUCCCACCAGCCAAACCUGAGCAGGUGCAGAGCCUGAUAGAGAAGUAUGAGCCCAGUGGGAUUAACAUCCAGAGAGGGCAGUUGUCUCCGGAGGGGAUGGUCUGGUUCCUCUGUGGCCCUGAGAACAAUGUGAUAGCACUGGACAAAUUAGUGCUGUACCAGGACAUGACCCAGCCGCUCUCACACUACUUCAUCAACUCAUCACACAACACGUACUUAACAGCUGGUCAGUUUUCUGGCAUCUCGUCUCCCGAAAUGUACCGCCAGACACUGCUGGCUGGCUGCCGCUGCGUAGAGCUGGAUUGCUGGAAGGGUCGUCCCCCGGAUGAGGAGCCGAUCAUCACUCAUGGGUUCACCAUGACAACUGAGAUCCUUUUCAAGGAUGCCAUUGAGGCUAUUGCUGAAAGUGCUUUCAAAACAUCUCUCUACCCUGUUAUCCUGUCCUUUGAAAACCACGUGGACUCACCCAAGCAGCAGGCAAAGAUGGCUGAGUACUGCCGAACCAUAUUUGGAAACAUGCUGCUGACAGAGCCACUGGAAAAAUACCCAUUGAAGCCAGGAGUUCCUCUACCAAGUCCUCAAGAUCUCUUAGGGAAAAUAUUGAUUAAGAACAAAAAGAACCAAUCUAUAUCUGGAAAAAGACAGAAUUCGUUGAAGAAAGGAAGAAACGUAGAACCUGAAAUCACCGAGCAGCUGGCCCCUAUGGAUGGUGAAGAUACAGUCUGGGCAGGCGAUGUGGCUGAAGAGGAACCAGAGGAAGAGGAGGAACAGCUGGGAAACCUAGAUGAAGAGGAGAUUAAAAAGAUGCAGUCAGAUGAGGGCACUGCCGGUUUGGAAGUGACAGCAUAUGAGGAAAUGUCCAGCCUCGUUAAUUAUGUCCAACCCAUCAAAUUUGAUUCCUUUGAAGUCUCUUCCCAGAAGAACCGGAGUUAUGUCAUCUCUUCCUUCACAGAGCUGAAGGCUUAUGAUCUGCUAACCAAGUUCCCUUUGCAGUUUGUAGAAUAUAACAAGCGACAAAUGAGCCGGAUUUAUCCCAAAGGCACCCGGAUGGACUCCUCUAAUUACAUGCCCCAGAUGUUCUGGAACGUCGGCUGUCAGAUGGUGGCACUGAACUUCCAGACCAUGGACGUCCCCAUGCAGCAGAACAUGUCUCUGUUUGAGUUCAAUGGCCAGUGUGGCUAUCUGCUCAAGCAUGAAUUCCUGCGGCGUCCAGACAAGCAGUUUGACCCCUUCUCUGUGGACCGCAUUGAUGUGGUGGUGGCAAGUACCCUGUCUGUCACGAUCCUUUCUGGUCAGUUCCUCUCAGACCGCAGUGUGAAGACAUAUGUGGAAGUAGAGCUGUUUGGGUUGCCAAGGGACACAAAACGCAAAUACAGAACUAAACUGACCUCCACUGCCAAUUCCAUUAACCCUGUAUGGAAAGAAGAGGCUUUUGUUUUUGAAAAGAUCAUGAUGCCAGAGUUGGCAUCUCUCAAAAUUGUGGCUUGGGAGGAAGGAGGGAAGUUCAUUGGUCAUCGUGUCAUUCCUGUUAUUGCUGUGCAUUCAGGCUAUCACCAUGUUUGUCUCCGCAGUGAAAGUAACAUGCCGCUCACUAUGCCCUCUCUAUUUGUGUACCUGGAAAUAAAAGACUAUGUUCCUGAUGCUUGGGCAGACCUGACUAUUGCUCUCUCCAACCCAAUUAAGUUCUUCAGUCUCCAAGACAAGAGAUCAGUGAAGCUAAAAGAUGGCUCGGUGAAGAGUCCUGAAACACAGAGAAACUGCCCAUCUGCUGAAACUAAUGGGAUACCAGAUUCCACUGGGAAAUUCAACACUUCUUUUUCAAAUGGACCUGCAGGAGCAGUGGCUUUGGCCAAGGAUGAAAAUGUGAAAGCAGCAACACAAAUUGCAGAGCCGCAGACAGCAAGCCUUGAAGAACUGCAGCAGAUGAAGCUCUUUCUGAAGCUGCUGAAGAAGCAGGAGAAGGAAUUGAAGGAGCUAGAGCGGAAAGGAAGCAAACGCAAGGAUGAGCUGCUGCAGAGAUAUUCUGCCCUCUUUUCAGAGCCUAUAUGCCAUGGAGGCAAGAAAAGGAUGAUAUACCCUGGGAAAACCCAGAAGAAGAAGAGGAGUAUGACAACAGAUGACCUUGGUACAUGGGCAAGUCCUGUAGAAACAGCAGAAAGCAUUGAUAGCCGAGUUCUGGAGCUGAGGGACAGGCUGGAGAUGGACCUCAUCCAACUAGAGGAGGAACACCAUGAUGGGAUUCGAAAAAAGAAAGAGCAGCACGCCACAGAGCAAGUUACCAAGAUAAUAGAGUUAGCCAAAGAGAAGCAGACAGCUGAGCUGAAGGCACUGAAGGAGUCGUCAGAAAGCAAUAUUAAAGAGAUUAAGAAGAAGCUGGAGGCAAAGAGAGUGGACCGAAUCCAAACCAUGAUGAGAAACACUAGUGACAAGGCUGCUCAGGAGAGGUUAAAGAAAGAAAUUAAUAAUUCUCACAUUCAGGAAGUAGUGCAAACAAUCAAACUGGUGACAGAAAGGACAGCCAGGCAUCAACGGAAACUGGAAGAGAAGCAGACAGAUAAUCUGAAAAAAAUCAAGGAGAAGGAAAGCCAGCUCCAGCAGGAAGCACUGGUGGAAUACAAGGAGAAAUUGAAAAGUCUGAGUAUGGAGGUGCAGGAGGUGGUGAAGAACUGUGCAAAAGCAGUCUUUCCCAGAGAGCCAGAGAUUCAGAAGGAAGCUGUUCUGAGCACCACUGAGGAAGAACAAGGCUCUGCAGAACAACUGGAAGAAAAGAUCCCAGUAGCAGAGGUGUCAAGGCUAACAAUAGCCAUGGCUGAGCCCUCAGGGGCUGAGGCAGCAGUUGAGAUUGAAGAAAGCAGAUUUUGAGAUAUGCUUCCAUUACUCACUGUUCCACUUCAAAAAGGAUGUUUAUGGAAGUACAUAGUGAAGUUAAAGACCAGCAGGAGUGUGCCUGUCAUCAGAAUACUAUCCCUUUCCACCCUGGGAAACUCCUGAAAUCCUUCAGGAAUUUACUACUUACUUUAUUAUCCUAGAUAUUGAAGAGGAGUAGUCUGAAGGGUUCACCCUUCAGACUUUAUUCUUUUUUCUCCUUGCCUUCCACAGCCUUAGCACUGAGGCGUUUCAGCAGCAUGAAAGGGCCUGUGACAGAAGGCAAGCUAGUUGUUGGAAGUGAUAGCAGCAUCUACAUUAGCAUUUAGUCUGGAUCCAGAGUUCAGUUUUCAGGGCAAGUUUCCUGACAGUUCAUCACACACUUCCGUUCAUAUCACAGAGUAGUCUUUGAGCUAGAUCCUUUUGACUGAGAUUUAACUGAAAGACACUCUCCAGUCGCCCACCUAAUUGCUCCAAAUAACUGAGAGCUAGCCCAGGCUAAACCCUCCUGAAAUACAUACAGCAUGUGUAUCGGGUCUUCAGCAAAAAUUAUUUUGCUCUAAAGCGCCGUUCCUACUGGUGACACUACUUGCUAAUGCAGACACAGCCUCUGUUUAUAGGCAGAAAGGUCAGUUGAUAGAACUUUGUACCUUUUUUUUGUCAGCAUACCAUCUCCUUGCCCAAGCAGUGCCAGCUUUUUAAAUGGUCCUCCCACCCACAGACAGAUUGUGACAGUUUCAGUGUGUUGGCAUCCACACAACACAAUAUUUCCUCCUGAGGAAAUGUGCAUUACCAGCAUGGUUGCUUUUCUUUCUUUUUAACCUCCUCCUAAUCCCUUGACACUAUUUCUCACUGCUAAUUCUAACUUUACGACUCUGGUAGUAGCCUUCAGGCAAGUUCUCAGAUCUGGAUCUGACACCUCCUGAAGACCCAGUUAGUUAGUCUUCAGGUGGCUCCUUAGGCUAUAGAGGGCAUACUGGAAGGAUUCUGAGAAACCCGUCAUUUGUUCCAGCUACCACAAGAACACUGGCAGAAUUCUCACCUACAGCAAUCAGAUAUUUUUAAAGCUUCCCUGAAACUUUUUUCCAGCGAAGCUAAAUUAGCCUCAUAGUCUAGCCUUCACAUAACAAGCUUUACCAAAAUUUCUAAAUUGUUUGAAAAUAUUUUGUUGCCCAAAUAAAGAGCCAUCCAGAUGUAGUGCCCUUAAGAUUUCCUUAGAAGGCUGAGCACAGCUCUUAAGACACCACAUGGAAUUAACUAUUCAAAUAGCAGAAAGUACAGCAAUCCUCCUGAAGCUUCUUUUGUGUGCUGCCCUCCCAAUUAAUGACAACAGAGGCUCAGCAGUGAGUCAUAACAUCUACUCCUUGCUCCUGGGAAAGCCAAACUCCUGAAAUACCUGUGUUCUUUAGCACCUUCAGGGGAAGACUGCACGCUACACCUUUUGCUGUUUGCUCUCUAGGUACAGGAGCACUGCACGCAUCUUCCCCCAAAGUCUUUAGUCAUUUCCCAUUUCUUCAUAAAGAAUGUCCUGCUCUAAUUACAGCAGUUUUUCCCCCUUCAGUAGCAUAAAAUGAAAGUCUUGUUCCACAGUCUAACACUGAAGGAAAUUGCCCAGCCACAAGGUACCCAUCUGACUUCAAAGGGGAAGUGGUCCUCAGCGUCUCUUAGCCCCAGCACAUAUUUGCUGCUGUCACGCAAAAAAAAUACAAAACCUUUUUUGUAACACAAAACCUUCCACAGAACAUGCUUGGAGGUCCAGGUUCCCAAUAACUUGGUCUUGUCUUGCAACAGAAAAAGGGUAAGCUCCUCUAGGCCUUCUAUUAUACUGCCACAUUCUAGGACAGGUCAGCCCUGCAUGGUGAAGGCAGGACUUGCAUCACUGCCUCCUUUCUCUGUACAGCUCAGACACUGUCCCCUCACCCAUUUUCUUAUGCACUGAACAGCUUUGGCACAGCAUGUUUUCACUCAUCCAGAAGGAAGUAACUGGAAGGAGGAUAUGGUCCAACUUCCAGGUUGGUCAAGGGGAAAAUGCUAAACACUGCUGAAGAAAAAUGGGGGAAAAAAAAAUUCCAACCUCAGCCUGCAGUGGAGUAGAUUUGUGGCUACUGUAUUAUGUGUCCUAGCACCAUCAACCUAGAUCUCCUUGCACUGAUAAGACCUUCAAUGCAUUUGGCUGUUCCAGACACCUUUUGUUGCCACUUUAUAGAGCGCCAGAAGGUAGGGUGUCUUUAAAGCCACCUGUAGAAGAGAAACAGCUGAGAACAUGGUUAGAAAAGGUGGCUGCAUCUUUUGGUUUUUGAAACCUUUGCCCUUAAUUUGAAUCAGUACUAUAAGGGAGGUGUCCCCGACCAUAGCAACUGCUGUCCCUCACCCUGAAUUUCAAGUGCCACUCUGUAGUGGAACCUAAUCAGAUUCCCCCUUUCCCCUAAAAAAAAAAAAAGCUGUUUUUUCAGGUUUCUGUCCUUUCUGGAAAAGUGAGCUUAAUUAUGGCAAUCCUAUAGCACACAGUGGUUGUUACAUGAACACUGUUAUACAUAGAAACUGCAUUAAUGAAUGCAUUAUGAAGUGCUGCUAUAAAAGAGAGCUCCAAGUAGGUAUCAGAGACAAGAUGUUCCAAACCUGGUCUGACAUCCAAGAUGAGACCAUAUCUCCCCUGUAGUGUUACAUAAUACUGGAAUUAUGUAUUGUAAAUUUCUGACUUACUUAUUUAUUUUCUAAAAAAUAAAACAUUGCAUUUCUUCAAAAAA